AUGGACAUCGGAGGCCUGACCACGGUGGUGGCCAACUCUGCCUACAUCAACGCUCGCGGGAGCCUUGAUGGCUCCAACCAGGCAGCAGCGCGGGACAAAAAGUACCACAGCCGUCUCAAGCUGCCCCACAUCACCGUGUGCGAGGGUCUGAGGGACACCUUGGAUUUGAGCUUUGACUCCGUCUGCAUGGACCAGCCCAUCGGCAAACGGCUCUUCAGGGAAUUCUUGGACGCAGCCCCGGAGUAUCAUGGGGCCUGCCGUCUGUGGCGGGAUGUCGAGGACUAUGACCUGGCCGAGGACGCCGACCGGGUGAAAAAGGCCUCCAAGAUCGUCCAGCGUUACAUGGAACCUUCCGCCAAGCACUUCUGCCCCUUCCUGUCCGAGGACGUCAUCGCUAAGGUUAAGGAAGGCCAGCAGGAGGCCGACGACGAACUCUUUGUCUCGGCCUCUGCGGUGGUCCUGGAUUAUCUCCGUGAGGCCCCGUUCAUUUUUUUCCUGGAGAGCAUGUACCUGAAGAGGUUCCUGCAGUGGAAGUGGCUCGAGAUGCAGCCUAUGGAUGCAGACUGGUUCCUGGACUUCCGUGUACUGGGGAAAGGCGGCUUUGGCGAAGUGUCCGCCUGCCAGAUGAAGGCCACAGGAAAAUUAUACGCCUGUAAGAAGCUCAAUAAGAAAAGGCUGAAGAAGAGGAAAGGCUAUGAGGGGGCGAUGGUGGAGAAGAGGAUUCUGGCCCGGGUCCACAGUCGCUUCAUUGUGUCGCUGGCCUACGCCUUUCAGACAAAGGAGGAACUUUGUCUGGUCAUGACCAUCAUGAACGGAGGAGACCUCAAGUACCACAUCUACCUGGUGGAUGACAACAACCCGGGCUUCAGCGAGCCCAGAGCUUGUUUCUACAUCGCGCAGAUCAUCCAGGGCAUGGAGCACCUUCACCAGAAGAGGAUCAUCUACAGAGACCUCAAACCAGAAAAUGUGCUGCUGGAUAAUGAAGGGAAUGUGCGGAUAUCUGACCUGGGUCUUGCUGUCGAGUUGAAAGAAGGCAAAACAACAACCAAAGGCUACGCAGGAACACCAGGCUACAUGUCACCGGAGAUGCUGAAAGGGGAGAGGUAUGACACCUCUGUGGACUACUUCACACUGGGGGUAACACUGUAUGAGUUCAUGGCUGCCAGGAAUCCAUUCAGAGAGCGGGGGGAGAAGGUUGACCGUGAGGAGAUGAAAGGGCGAAUCCUAACCCGCGUUGUGGUCUACCCAGACUGCUUCGGUGAGCAUGCCAAGUCCCUAUGCGAUGGACUGAUGGCCAAAGAGGUGGACCAAAGGAUGGGCUUUAAGAAUGACAGCUGUGACGAGAUCAGAGCCCACCCCUUCUUCAGCGAAAUCAACUGGAGGAAACUGAAUGCAGGUAUCCUACCUCCCCCCUUUGUCCCCGACCCAAAAGUGGUGUACGCCAAGAGCCUGGACGAUGUGGGCGCCUUCUCGUCGGUGAAGGGCGUGGCACUGGAGGAGCCUGACAAGACCUUCUUUGACGAGUUCUCCUCAGGGAACAUCUCCAUCCCCUGGCAGGAGGAGAUGAUCGACAUGGGCAUCUACAGGGAGCUCAAUGUAUGGGGUCCGGAGGGCACCAUCCCCAACGACCUUCGCCGGGAGUCCAUACUAGAACAACCAAAGUCAUCCACCUGCUGUAUGUCGUAGAGGAGCUCCAUCACAACCCAAAGAAACACACAAAACGCACACCUCGUCCACAGCUGAUCAGGCACUCUGGUGUGAAGACCACACAGAAUGGGACGUUCCCAUACUCAGGACAGCCAGAAGUCGCUUCUGAACUUUUUAAUAAACGAAUUUAAUUAAUGUGACACCGAA